AUGGAUCCUGAACUGUGUGAAAGGUUUCAUAUAUUAGUGGAACAUUAUCCCGAUGAAUUAAACGAUUCUGAAGAACAUGAUAUGCAUAAUAUAGCAGGUAUUAGGGGUUACUGCCCUAGGGGGGAUUCAACAUACAACACAUGCAUUACUGAGCUCGAUAAAAUAAAUGCUGCAUGCUUAUGGUUGUUCAAUAAAAAUAUUACUUAUAGGCUUGAUGAAUUAAGUAAUGAACAGUUUGAAGCGUUUAUUAUAUACAUUAUGAUAUGGUUAAAUCAUAAGUUAAACCUAAAUAAAGAUGACAAAACCAACCUAAAUAAUUUGUAUGCUAAUUAUAUAGAAAAUGAUGAGAAUUAUAUCAAUUGUAAAGAUAAUGGUAAAGAUUGUAAUAGUAAAUUUAAAGAAAAAACGGGAUAUAAUAAUUUUAAGGAAAUCAUAGAUAAAAGAAAGGAUUUGUUGAACAUUAAAUUUGAAGAUAUAUCUAAAUUGUAUGAUGCAUUUAAAUUCUUAUGUAAAAUGCAUACUGAAUAUGAAGACAAUCUAGGAUGCACGGAAUAUUUGGGAUAUGCAAAUAAAAUUGUUGACAAAUUUAAAAAACUUAAUGAAAAUUCUAGUGUUACUGGAAACACUUCAUAUAGUCUAGUAUGGUCUACUUUAUCAACUGAUUAUAAUAAUUUUAAAAAGAAUUAUAAUGAUACUAAUUGUACGAAUAUUCCAUCGCUUCCACCGAUAAAAUCAACACAAAAUCACAUACAAAGUUCUGGUGUUACAUCAUCAAGCUUGUCGAUAGUAAACAAAAUAAUUAUAGCUUUAUCAAUAUUCAGUGCAAUAACAAUCUUUUUGGGAAUUUUUUAUAAGGGUUCGUUAUUUGUAUUACGGAAAAGAGCUCAAAAACAACAUUUAAGAGAAAAGCUAAAAAAUAUAAAGAAGAGAAUGAAUCAUUAA